CAUAGAAAGAUCUAGAAACAAGAAGGAGAAGACAAUCCAAUGAAAUCCUGAAACAGCAAUCGUGGCUAUAACCAAGUCUCCACGAUGCAUAUAGCGUGGCAAGCCUUGAUGAGGCAGAGACUUGACAAAAGGAGCCAAGUAUACUUGGUUGAAUUCUAGCACAUCUCUAACAUUUUCCUGCGCCACGUCAAUUGAUCUUGUAUUUCACCACAGGGGUAGUAAGGAUGCUUUGUGACCAGUCUAAGAAUUUACUCAAAGAGAGAUGCCUACGCCGCCACGUCUGAUGAAUUGGAUCUAUCCUUGUACUGUACCGUGCAAAUAUGUCAAGGCAGUGAAGUCCAUAUUUCGGAGCUUAGCCGGGUCCUCAGUCGUGCCUUGUCCGUGCUAUAUAGUUCUCGAGGCCUGCUCACAACCUCUCCACAGCAGUUGGAUCAUUGGUUUCAUCACCCCAGCCCUGAUCAGCCGCUCCCAUAAGAUCAUAAAAUCAGCUCUCCAACCCAAUAGGCAGACUCCAGGCACUCGUGAUUACCACAGAUGCUCGAUUCGCAGCUCAUUUUUCUACCGCAGCUCCGGGAACGACUGGCAUAGCACACAGAGAGCUCCAGCGGCAGUUCCGACAACCAUAGCGGACAGUGAAAUACUUUACCUGAAAACAUGCCCCUUAUUCAGACAGUACAUUUAUCAGACCAUAACCUAUAUCGCAGGCUGCUCUACACAGCCACAGCAGAAGCUACAACAGUCUACAACCACAUAGACUCACGCUGGACCGUCGGUGAGGCCUGCGGACUGAGUGUCAUUAAUGUACAGUCGGAAUUUUUAUUCAUUUUAAGGUGAGAGAUCUGUUCAACUCG